AUGGCUGCACAGAGAGCUGUGCAGCUGUCCCUGAAGAAGCCCACCUAUGCUGUGUGUGUGGUGGGAGUUGAGACCCUCGUGGACAUUCACAGGGAUGUGCCCAAGGGUGCCAAGACCUUUGAGGUCACUGGGAGCUCCGGGGUGAAUGUCUUCGUGGUCUACAACCCGGCACGGGUCACGAAGCCCAUGGGCAAGGCCCCCUGGCCCCUGGAGGCUAACGUGGAUGUGGUCGUAUCUGUGGAUGCAGCCAGUAAGGACUUAAAUGAUCUCAAGGUGAAGGUCUCCUACUUUGGGCAGCAUGAGGACAGUGCCCUGGGCCAUGGGGUACUCUACCUCACUGGCAUCGAUAUCUCCCUCGAUGUGGACAUGAGCCGCACAGGCAAGGUGAAGAGGAGCCGAGGUGACAAGAAAACCUGGCGUUGGGGCCCUGAGGGCUAUGGGGCUGUCCUGCUGGUGAACUGUGACCGGGACAGUCAUACGUCCAGGGAGCCUGACCUUGCCAACAGGCAGCUGGCGUCACUGGCCGAUCUGCAGGACAUGUCCCCAAUGGUGUUGAGCUGUGACGGCCCCGACAAGAUCUUUGACAACCACAAGCUGGUCUUGAACGUGCCCUGGUCUGAUUCCGAAAGAGUAGGGGUCUUCUGUGCUCGAGGUGGGAAUUUUCUCUCCGACUACAAGCAGGUGCUGGGACGCUACCACCUGUCCUACGAGAUUGAGCGGCAGCCGGGGGAGCGGGAGAUCAGCUUCUACGUGGAGGGGCUUGCCUUCCCGGAUGCCGAUUUCCUGGGGCUGGUCUCCCUCAGUGUCAGCCUGGUGGACACGGAGAUCCUGCCCGAGGUGCACCUCUUCACAGACACCGUGACCUUCCGCCUAGCCCCUUGGAUCAUGACCCCCAACACCCAGCCCCCGCUGGAGCUGUAUGUGUGCAGUGUGACGGACUCUCAUGGCUCCAAUGAGAAAUUUCUGGAUGACAUGGCUUACCUGGCAUUGAAAGCCAACUGCAAACUGAUCAUCUGCCCUCAGACUGAAAACCGGAAUGACCGCUGGAUCCAGGACGAGGUGGAGUUUGGCUACAUUGAGGCUCCUCACAAAUCCUUCCCUGUGGUCUUUGACUCCCCCCGAAACAGAGGCCUGAAGGAUUUCCCCUAUAAGAAGAUCCUGGGCCCUGACUUUGGCUAUGUAACGCGGGAGAUCCAGUUUGGCAGUGCCUCCAGCCUCGACUCCUUCGGGAACCUGGAUGUCAGCCCACCCGUCACGGUGGGCGGCAAGGAGUACCCCCUGGGCCGGAUCCUCAUCGGCAGCAGCUACCCCAAGUCCAGAGGUUUGACGAUGACCAAGGUGGUGCGCAACUUCCUGCAGGCCCAGCAGGUGCAGGCGCCUGUGGAGCUCUACUCGGAUUGGCUCUCUGUGGGCCACGUGGACGAGUUCCUGAGCUUUGUGCCCACCUCAGACCAAAAGGGCUUCCGUUUGCUCCUGGCCAGCCCCACCGCCUGCCUCAAACUGUUCCAGGAGAAGAAAGAGGAGGGCUACGGGGAGGCCGCCCAGUUCGAUGAGUUGAAAUAUCAGAGGAAGAGAAGCAUUAAUGAGAUGCUGGCGGACAGAAGCCUCCGGCAUGAUAGUCUGUAUGUACAGAAAUGCAUCGACUGGAACCGCCAGGUGCUGAAGCAGGAGCUGGGCCUGACAGAGCGCGACAUCAUCGACAUCCCCCAGCUCUUCACUCUGAAGGGCUCCUAUGCAGAAGCCUUCUUCCCAGACAUGGUCAACAUGGUGGUCUUAGGGAAGUACCUGGGCAUCCCCAAGCCCUUUGGGCCCAUCAUCAAUGGCCACUGCUGUCUGGAGGAGAAGGUGCGGUCCCUGCUGGAGCCGCUGGGCCUGCAUUGCAUCUUCAUCGAUGACUACUUGUCCUAUCACAAGCUGCUCGGGGAGAUCCACUGCGGCACCAAUGUGCGCCGGAAGCCGUUUCCCUUCAAGUGGUGGAACAUGGUGCCCUGA